AUUAAUCUCUUUUUGAACGUUGAAGGACCAGAGAGGUUUUCUCUGUUGUUGAAUUCAAUUUCAAGAUUCUGCGCAACUCCGGAUCCGUUGUUCUUCUCAAUUUUUGUCGUUUCUGUCAAGAAGAUAUCAAGUUGAAGUAAAAUGGGUGGUGGGGAAGAUGGACAAAAUGAUAAAGACAAGGGACUGUUCUCCCAUCUUGCUGGAUAUGCUGCUGGUGCUGGACACAAUCCUCCACAACAUGGACCAUACCCUCCUUAUGGGUCUCACGGUUAUCCUUACCCUCCUCCUGGAGGUUACCCCCCAAGUGGUUAUCCUCCCCCAGGUGGAUAUCCACCACAGGCUUAUCCUCCCCCAGGUGGUUAUCCACCGGCUGGUUAUCCUCCUCAUUCAGGCUAUCCCCCAGCAGGCUAUCCGCCAGCAGGCUAUCCUGGUCCAUCAGCUCCGUAUCAUUCAGGGCAUGGAAGACCUGGCAUGGGAACAAUGCUAGCUGGUGGUGCGGCUGCUGCGGCUGCUGUAUACGGGGCCCACCAUCUUUCUCAUGGGCAUGGCGGUUACGGACACUUUGGUGGUCACCAUGGUAAGUUCAAACAUGGAAAGUUUAAGCAUGGAAAGUUCGGCAACCGAUGGAAGCACGGGAUGUUUGGUGGCAGGCACAAGGGGUUUUUCGGAGGAAAGCACAAAAUGUGGAAAUGAUUCCUGUACGCACUCUUUCACUAUCCUUACCUCUAUAGAACCGUGCUUCUUAGUUUAUUUCUAUGAUCUUUACCGUGUUUGCUUUUGCCAUAAAAUUUGUAGUUUCUUCCAUCGUCUUUCAUGUCAUGUAUAUAUUUCCCCAAAGAGUUCAUCACUUGAGAGAUCUUUAAUGGUUUGUUGAUUUGUUAAUAUAAUGUUGUUCUUGACAA